GAGGAGGAGGAGAAAGAGGAGGAAGCCCGGGGCCGAAGGAGCCCCCCAACCUGCCCUGGCCAGAGUCAUCAUGUGGCUCCCUCUGAUGGUAUUCUCGGGAAUGUUGUUGGGAGCCAGCCCUGCACGAGGAGUUCUGCCCCACUCCACGUCGGGACCUAUCGCCGUGUAUCAUUUCUGGAACCUCACCCAGGUGCCCCUGGUCGCUAACACCACAGUGAAGCUCCUGUUGGCUUUCAACCGUAUCAGGACAGUGAACGCCACCUCCUUCCCACUGCUGGAGGAGUUGGAACUGCUGGAGCUUGGGAACCAAGCCACUGCCCUGACCAUCCACAGAGACGCUUUCAGGAACCUGCCCAAUCUUAAAGUCUUGGACUUGGGAUACAAUCCGGCGCUCUCCUUGGAUCCCGACGCUUUCCGAGGACUGUACAAUCUGCUUGAGCUCCGACUCUUCUACUGCGGCCUCUCGGAAUCCGUGCUCAGGGACGGCCACUUGCGGGAUUUACAUUCCUUGAUCCGCUUGGAUCUGUCCGCAAACAACAUCCAAAGUCUUCCCCUUCAUACCUCGUUUCGGAAGCUGAGAUCUCUGAAGAUCCUGGACCUGUCCAAAAACCAGAUCUCCUCUGUGUGUGAAAGGGAUCUCCAGAGCAUCCAGGGAAAAUACUUCUCCCUGUUUAUCCUUGCCGACAACCAGCUGUUCAGCCGCAGGCCGGUCGACUGGGGAGCAUGUGGGAACCCGUUCAGGAACAUCCUCCUCAACACCCUGGACGUUUCAGGGAACGGCUGGUCCGCCGACAUCACACGAGACUUCUGUGCCGCCAUCAACAGGACACAGGUUUCUUCGCUGGUGCUCCGCCACCACGUCAUGGGCUCGGGAUUUGGGUUUGAGAACCUCAAGGACCCCAACAGUGACACCUUCUCAGGGCUCGAGAGAAGUUCGGUCGUUCAACUGGACCUCUCACAUGGCUUUAUCUUCUCUAUCAGGCCCUGGCUCUUUUGGGCCCUCAAAUGGCUGAAAGUCCUAAGUCUCACCCACAACAAGAUAAACAGGUUUGAAAAGGGGGCGUUUUAUGGCCUCGACACUCUCCAAAUUCUCAACUUGUCAUACAACCUGCUAGGUGAACUUUACAACUCCAAUUUUGAUGGCCUCCCUAACAUAAAGUAUAUUGAUCUAAAACAAAAUCACAUUGGGGCAAUUCAGGACCAAACCUUCACCCACCUGAAAGAAUUAAGAACCUUAGAUCUCCGUGACAACGCUAUUAAAGAAAUCAAUUUUCUCCCAAGUAUUGACAGUGCCUUUCUGUCUGGUAACAAACUGGUACAUCUGAAAGGAAGUAUCAUCUCGGCAGAAUUUCUACACCUGGGAGGAAACAGACUGGAAAAUUUGGACGAUCUGUACCUCCUCCUCCAAAUUCCAUGUCUCAAGUUUCUCAUUUUAAAUCAAAAUCGUUUCUCCUAUUGUUAUGCAAGUCACCGUUUCACAGAGAACUUCAACUUGACAGAGCUUUAUCUUUCUGAAAAUAUGUUGCAACUUGUCUGGGAAACAGGGUUGUGUUGGGAUGUUUUUAAGGGGCUUUCUCACCUCAGACAUCUCUAUCUGAAUAACAACUACCUCAGUUUCCUUCCACCGGGUGUUUUCAGUAACUUGAUAUCACUUCAGAUCCUUAGCCUGAACGGCAAUCGAUUAAUUUCCCUCUCCCAUGGUGAUUUGCCUGACACUUUAGUCUUCUUGGAUAUAUCCAGAAACCAGUUGUUUUCUCCUGAUCCUAACCUCUUCAUGUCCCUGAAAGUUCUAGAUAUAACCCAUAACAGGUACAUCUGUGAGUGUGAACUCAGAGAAUUUCUAGGCUGGCUAAACCAGUCAAAUGUCACUUUUAUAGGGUCAGCCAACGACAUGUACUGUGUGUAUCCAGAAUCCCUCUCUGGGGUCUCACUCUAUUCCGUUUCCUUGGAGGACUGUGAUGAAGAAGAAGUCCUAAGGCCGCUCAAGUUUUCACUUUUCCUUUUCUUUACUGUGAGCUUGCUCCUGAUCAUAAUUAGUGUCAUUGUUUACACACAGUUUCGGGGAUUUUGUUUCACUGGGUUCAAAACCGUCACAAGAUUGGUGUUAGGAGAUCAUCCAAAAAGGACAGGAUCAAAUGCAUAUAAGUAUGACGCUUAUCUGUGCUUCAGUAGCAAGGACUUUGAGUGGGUCCAGCGAGCUUUUCUCAUGCACUUGGAUUCCCAGUACAAUGACGACAACAGAUUUAACUUGUGCUUUGAAGCAAGAGACUUCCUUCCAGGAGAAGAACAUAUUAGCAACAUCCGAGAUGCCAUCUGGAACAGCAGAAAGACAAUCUGCGUGGUCACGAGGCAGUUCCUCAAAGACGGCUGGUGUAUUGAAGCCUUCAAUUUUGCCCAGAGCAGAUAUUUCUCUGACCUUAAGGAGGGACUAAUCAUGGUUGUGGCAGGAUCACUCUCUCAGUACCAGCUGAUGAAGUACCAACCCAUUAGGGUCUUUAUCCAGAGGCAACACUACUUCAAGUGGCCUGAGAAUCAUCAGGACGUUGGGUGGUUUCUAGAUAAACUCUCCCAAUCCGUGUUAAAAGAAAAGGAGGUGAAAAAGAAAGCCAACCAGAUAGAAUUGCAAACCAUUAGAGUGAUAUCUUAGCCACGACAGAGAGGAGGAAGCUGCAUGAGAUCAGGUAAUGGCUAGACUCGCCAUGCCAUUUUUCGCUUGUAGCUGGAUCUAAUCCUAAGCCUGCAAGAUUUGCUGGCUGAAGUGGGAAACCUCAGGAGAAAAUGAGUUUUAUCAUUUUGUAUGGUAUUUUUUAAGUGCUUACUUGUGCCAGGCACUGUACUGAGUGCUGGGGU